AUGACCGAGGAAAAUUUUAAAACCGUUAAAAGCUCCUUUGUAGACAACAGCCAAACAAUAAUAAUCAAGAUCAAUCAACAAAUACGUUUUACCAAAGUACAAAUAGAAAAAUUAUUGAAACUUCAGCUAUUGAACAUGGAUAUACAGAAAUGUAUAUCGUAAGUAACUUAGCCAUGGUUAUUUGCUAUAACAUACCUAUUUAACUAAAAUCUAUUAUCUUUUCAUUUUUCAAACCUAAAAGCCCAUACUUGGAAUUAAAUUAUUAAGGCAUAAGUUAGUCGUUAGAUAUGCUUAUAGCUAUAUACUAUCAUAAAAAUAUCUGUCAUUUAUUAUCCAACGAUGACAACCACUGUUUACCCUCCUACUCAUACAGCUAAUGGAUAUAGAUAUCCCCGCUAUAUACAAAAACAUUUAAGUGCGUUGAACAUUUCAAAAUUAUCUAUCCCGCAGUUUCUACUUGCAUAUACAGAAAAAAAUUUCAAUGUAUCUAUUUUAAAACAGGUCUGUGGCAUCUACGUUAAAACUGGAAAAUAUCGAAGCGAAUGAGUUGCACUUUUGGUUAGCUGACACGAUAGCUGGUGUGGUGAAAAAUAUCGAACAGAAGGGCGUAUCAAUCAUACAAGGAAUUAUCAUCAUAUGUUGGUUUAUCCAUUACGUGUCUUUGGUCAUCGGUAAAUAUAAAACAGACAAACAAUUUAGUCGGUAUAAGGAUAGUAAUAAUUAGUAGAUACUUGUCAACUAUCGUAGGUACAAAACUACGAAAUCAGUAAAUGGUAUAAUUUGGAAACGUUUUAAUAAUAUUAAGUCAGGCAAAACAAUUUUAGCCCAGAAAUUGUUUAAGUAGGCUAUAUUUUUCUUAUAUAAUAUCUGGGGAAAAUUUUCAACGUGCCUCAUCAUUUUUUUUUAAUAAGGGCAUAGCUCUUAACAUUUUACUAAACAUUUUUUAUUUUUAAAUAAUAAUUAGGUAUGUAUUUACUUUAUAGGUACAAUCUGAAUACAAAACAAAUUUAUUUUGGAUGGAUAUUAAACAAUAUACACCUACAUUAUAUUUAAACAUCAUAAUAAUAAUUAACAAAAAAUUAAAAAUAAAUGUAAGCCAUUCAAUCCAGAUCACAGAUAAUAAAGAAAUGGAUAGGUCAUUUUUCUAUGACAAUUGUAUGUGACGUGACAUUCCCGAAGUGUCGAGUUGCGGAAAACUAAAACGUUUUAUCAAUCAUCACCAUUCAGAUAAAACGUCUCAGUUUUUGAAUAUAUCUUCGAAUAAUCGCACCCGUCUCCCUUGGAACAGUAGUACACUGAUAAGGUACUGACAGCCUAUAUCUGUAUUAUAAAUAGUCCGGGUCACCGAAAUUUUCUUGGCAUCCCGGCCCUCGGUAUAUAUUUAUACAAAUAAAAAAAUGUACUCAUAUAUUUUCAAGAAUAUAUAAUAUUGCUUUGAUUUAGAUAAAGUACCAUUGCCCAUUCUAAUUAAUUUUAGAAUGUACAAAAAUAUUUUCAAUACUAAUAAGAAUAGGUUGGAAGAUAUUUAUAGAAGAUAAGAUUUUUAUCAUGAAUCAACAAUUAUCUCGGAAGAUUUUAAUUCUAAUUGAAUUUAAUUUCUGUGUUUUCCAAUCAUUAUGGAAUCGUUUAAACUUUACUUUAAGAUCAUUUUUAAUUUUUACACCUACUCCAUAUACCUUAAGUAAGUACAAACUUUUAUUUCUCAAAUAGGAACCCCCCCUCCGCCUUUUGAACACAGAUUUGAAUAGAGAAUAUUUUUGUAGAAAUGUACAUAACACUAAUAUGAGAUUUACCGUUUAUGAGUUAUAACAGUUUAAAGUUUAGACUGAAGGAGUAGGAAAAGGUUAUAGAUAGGCAAUUUAUUACCCUUAAAACAGAAAUCAAAUCUUCGAGAUAAUUGCUAAUUCAUGAUAAAAAAGAAAAGUAAGAUGAUGGGGACGGGUGCAGCCACUGGUGUAAGGAGAAGUUGAGAAGGUAGCAUACAGAUCGGAAUUUAAUGUAUAUCUGUAAGCAACGAUAAACCAUUGCUUAUGAAAAAACGAUUCUGAGCGGAGUUCAGUUGAUAGUGAUGCUUUCAGCUUUGUCAAAAAUGUAUAUGUCGUUUUAUAGUGAAAUAAUUAAAUAGGCUUUGUAUAUAUUUUCUUUAAUAAUAUUUGAUUAAUGUUGUACCGAUUUUCCCAAUUUUCAUACGUUUUUCCAAUGUUUUAUCCCGGUUUUUCAAAUUUUCUGGGAAAACUGAAAAAAUCCAGAAAUAACUUCUCUACAGUACCUUUCUAAUGACAUUUUAUUUUAGAAACAUUGCUAUCAUUAAAAGUUCGAGCAAAAUUACUGGUAGAAAAGUUGUGAAUAGGAAAAAAAAUAGUAAUAUUUUAGUACUAUUUCGUAUAUUUUCCCAUUUUUAUUAGGUUUUUCAAAUUUUAUGACAAAACUUUUGAGAAAAUCGAAAAAUGACCUUCUUAAAGUACCUUUCCAUACCGAUUUCCUUUAAGAAAAUAUGCUACACUUAGAAAUCCGAGCAAGUCUAGUAGAAAAGUUGUUAACAGAUAAAAAAAAAAACAUCUUUGUAAAACCAUAAGCUUCUUCGAUCCACUCAGAAUCUAAAAAUCACAUGUAUACAUAAAUUAUUACAAACUUCAAAUAACUCAAAAAAUAGUUCCAAAACUUGCAUACCAAUUGCGUUAUUUUUAUUAUUACAUAAUAUGUCAUAAAAGUUAGGUUACAUGUUUUAAAUGCGUUUCUCGUAGAGGAAAAAUGCAGCAUGGCUAAGCUAUUCGAAAACCUGUGCGAGUGCGUCAAAAUAGCAUUGGCGAACGCAAACGAAUAUUAUAAUAUAGUGCCACUACCGACCCAUACAGAAUGUUUGUUAAAAUUCGAGACUGACAAUUACUCUAGUAGCACCAGUGUCAAAUCCGCAAAGAAAACUGAGAGUCGCUCUACAGUAACUGCCGUCCAAGUUAUGAAAAUUAUCACGACCGUGAUACGCGAAACGUGA